AUGUUUCGUUUGGGCCGAAGUAUGCUAAGUAAUCUCAACAUUCGAAGCAUUCAGGAAAUGGUGGCAAGAUCAAGUCACCUAAAGCACUCACCAGAUUUUCAUGACAAAUAUGGCAAUGCAGUGCUUGCCAGUGGAACCUCUUUCUGUAUUGUUUCAUGGUUUGUUUAUAUUACACAGAUAGGAGUAGAAUGGAACCUAUCUCCUGUUGGAAGAGUUACCCCCAAAACUUGGAAACAUCAUUAAUUGUUAGCUAUUCAAACAGAAUUGUCUUAAAACCAACUUGGUAUGUAAGCAUUUUCUUGUUCAUUAAAAUAUAGAAGAAUUAAAGAAAUAAAGUUCAUUUGAACUUU